AUGAGUGCCGCAGUAAUAAUCGCUUUGACUCUUUUGUGUAAUAUAGGUGGCGCAUUUGGUGGCAAUAGGGGGCUCCGUCCAGUGCCUCCCGAGAAGGGAAUAUUCCCAUUGGACCAUAUGCAUCUGUGUGACCUAGUAUGUAUGCUUCUUGACUUUAACAUUUAUUUGAAUGAGAAAGUGGAAUAUCUCAACUGUUUGAAGACUGCCAGACACGAGUCUGAAAAAUGCAGGCAAUUCUCAAAAAAAUACCUGCAGUGUCGCAUGGAGAAGAACUUGAUGGCAAAGCAAGACUUGGCUGAACUUGGUUUUAAGGAAAGUAAUGUAGAAACUCCUGGAGGGAAAAUUACUGACAGGUUUGAAUUACGUGCAUUUGAGGCAUUCAAACGCAACUUCAAAGAUAGCGUAAGUGGUUAUGAAAAUAGAGCCAAAUUUGCAUGUAAAGAUGAACUGCGACCAUGCAUCCACCUAACUCUAACUCCCCAACAACAGAGACUCAAGACUCAUCCAGUCAGAGCAAUAUCCAUGGGGUCAGAUGUCCGAAAAAGAACAACGGCUUAUGCCCGUAAACAUGCAAAUUCAAAUGUAUUAGAUGAGAGAAACAAUAGUUCUUUGAAUAGUGGCAUGUUAGUUGAAUCUCUGUCUACAUGUUACACAUUCUUCAAGAAGUGCUCGUCAUUGGCAGCACCAGCUAAGGCUUGCUUUUCCGGUACCGAUGAUCAAAGCAAAGAAGCAGAUGAGGUUACCAAUGUUGCAUCCAGUAGUAAGGGAAUAGAACAUAAUAGGGUGCAUUGUGUUCUGUGGUUAUUGCAUGAAUCUUCUAGGAGCUUUUCCCAAGCAAUCAACUUGCUUGGUCUAUCUAGGAGUGGUCCAGCUCUUGCAAUGGCUUGGAUUGGGAAGGAUGUGCAUGAAUGGCAUAGACGUAUUGCUUAUCAGGUAUAUGCCACAAAAUGUUCUAUAGUGAAGAAAUAUGCAGUUGUUGCAGUUUAUGCUUUAAUGAAAGCAGCAAUUGAUUUGGAGAUAUUGCUUUCACAUGAACGGCUAAAUGAAUUUUCCCCAGUUAAAGAGAUUUUGAGCCCAUUAAUGAAUCGAAUGGGAGAGGGCAUUGAAAUUCGACUGGAAAUGAAGCAUCCAUAUUUGGUGCAGUGGUUUAGAGACAUUGAAAUGCCACGAAUAGCAGGAUAUUUUAUUCCACUUCUAAAGAAGUGGUCCAUGGAAUAUGCUGGAAGCGGUAUUGCAGGAAUUAUUGUGGCCAUAACCUGUUGCAGUGCAGUGGUGAAAUUGGGCUCUAGCCGCAUUUGCUGUUCCUUACUUGUAUUGUCUCUUGAAGAUGUUUUGGUCAAGCUUAUGGAUUUUUCACUCAAUCUUGCGUCUAUGGACAAGUUACACCAGUUAGCAACUGAGGCAGGAUUUGAACAGAAUUUCUUGUACCAUUUUGGUGGGAAGAUUUUUCCCAGUGAGAAAACUGAGGACCUAGAGUUUUGGAUUGGUUUGGCCCAUAAGAAACUAUUAAAAGCCUUCAGUGAAGAAAGCAUCACUUUCAAGAAGCAAAAUUUUCAGCAAAAGAUACAUGCAGAUAGUUUAGCCACAUUGGGACUUUUUACAUAUCUUGGAAGGAAGACUAGAAUAUUUUUGUCAGCAAUGGGCAUUAAGGAUCUUGAUGCAAUAGUUAAGGACUUCCUCAGUUACUUGGAAUGCGGCAUUAUUUUCAUUUAUCCGGAAUUUUCCUCCAUCCGAGUAUAUCAGUGUUUCAUGGAGGUGGUAACUGAUGAGAUAGGAUGGCUUGAUUUUUAUACUUCAUAUGUUCAAAUAAACUGCAAGGAGAAGAGGUCUAAACAUAAUGCUCGCCAGGCAGAGAAAGAGAUAAUUUCUUCUGUGGUUUUUACUGUGUGCUAUGAUGUUUUCUCUGGGUUUGCACACUUCAACCGCUCAACUCAACAACCAUUGGACACAGCUUCACGUUCAUACUUGCUUCGUUGUCAGGGUUUGUUAAGUAUUUGUCUGCAAUAUCACUGGGCUGCUUAUGACAAAUCAGGUGAAACACUAAAUACUGUGGAUCAUGCUGGAAUUGACAACCAUACAUCAUAUAUGGGAAGUAUAAAUGGACCCAAGUUACCUCUGGUGUUUGAAUUGGAGCAGAUGUCACAUGAUUUAACUACAGAAGGAUGUCCAAAGAGUAAUUUUCGAAACAGUUGUACAUUUAAAAAGGGUCCAAUUUCUGCUAUCACAAGCAAGAAAACAUAUGAGAAAGAUUCUCGUAUUGACAAGUCAAGUCCUCAGCGAGAAAGUUUUAUCAAGAGAUACAGCACCAAAUUGGCAUCGACAAGUUCAGACCUCUGGAUGGGUACUGUAUUGCUCUUCAUAGACAUUGCAGUUGCUUUAGAGCUACUUGUAAGGCAAGUGCAUGGCUACAAGGCUUCUGGGAGUCAAAGAAAAAGGCUAAACAGAACCAUAACUGACAUAAUUGUGCUAAUUCCAGUGACAAUCUUGAUGCUACUUCCUGUAACGGCUGUUGGCCACGCAGCUAUUCUAGCAGCUAUCAAGAAGUAUAUGCCAUUCUUGAUCCCUUCAUCUUAUUCUUCAGAGCGUUUGGAUGUUGUAAAGCAAAUAAAGCACACUAGAGAUGGGUGA